AACUUGAAACAACAAUCAACAAAAAUGAAAAUCUGAAUUGCGCUGAUCGCUUUACUUCAACAAAUAUUUAUUCAAAAAAUAUGAGUUCUUUUAAUCCUGCUUUUCAAGUGCGAUGGGCAAUUUUAUUGAAAUAUGGUUCUGCUGUCUGCAGGGUAUGAUGAUAGCGAGAAAAUCAAUGAUAUGAUUGGUGAAUUGAAGUAACCUCUUUGAGGAAACAAAAGUGCCAUGGCUUCUGGGGGCCUUUGUUCACCAAGAGCUUCUUACAUUUUAGCUGAAUUAGAAGAUCAAGAUUCUGUGUUUGCUCCUAUUAAAACAGCUAGUCGAGUUAAGUACACAUGCUUUGAUAUUUCACGCCAUUACAUUGUCUUUGGAACCAAUGCAGGUGGUGUUGUUAUUUUACAACAUGACAACCUAUCUUAUCUUAAGACACUCACAGCUAAGGAAGGACCUGUUUGUCAAACUGCUUUGGCUCCAGACGAAAAUAUUAUAGGAUUUGCUACCAGUCGAGGUGUUGCCUUGGUUUAUGAGCAUAAUACAGAGAGAGGAGCUGCCCAGCCUCAGCGACUUCAAAUCUCUUUUGAACACCGAGGGUCUUGUAUUACUGCAAUGCAAUGGAAUGUAUCAUCAUCAAAAUUGUAUAUUGGUGAUGAUAAAGGGAAGAUCUCAGUUAUUAGCGUUUCUACAUCAAGGACUCGAAAUAUAUUUCAAGUACCAACAACAACUCUUAUGAAAUUGGACUCAAAAAUAGUGCAGAUUGACUUUGCUCAGGAUCACAUACUUGUAUCAUCUAUUACCAGAUGUUAUCUUUGUGACACUAAUAAAGAACAGUUUAUGACCAUAGGAAAGAAGUUAAGGGAUGGUGAAUUUGGAGCAUGUUUUUAUCCAGGUGUUAGAUCAAUUGAUCCUUGCACUAUUUAUUCUGCACGACCAGGAUCAAGAAUUUGGGAGGUGGAUAUAAAAGGUAGUGUCUGUUGUACUCACCAAUUUAAAACUGCUCUAGCUGUUAAACCGGAAAGACUCUAUACCUUCAGAAGAGAAAUCAAUAUGGAUGAUGAAGAACCUGAAUGCAAACCUCAAGCAACAAAUUUUCAAAAACUACUGCUUGUGUGGCCUAGUACUGAAGAGUGUCCUUUCAUUUUUACUUGGAGUCCUCAAGGUGUAUAUGUAUUUGAUCCAAAGCGUGCUGAAAUAGUUCUUUGGAGUGAUGAAUUGAAAGGUAUCAAAGAUGCCAGAUGUCAAAGAGGUGAAAUAUACAUACAUUUUAUGGAUGGAAGUUUCAACAAAUAUACUCUUUUGACUGUGGAACAAGGUGUUUGCAAAUUGUAUCAACAAGGCCUUGCAAUUCACGGAGCUCAAUUAUUAUUGCUUAAAAAAACCUCUCUUUGUUCCUCUAGAUUAAAUAUUUAUGUUCCUGCAUCUUUUAUAAUUGAUAUGUUACAAAAAGCUUCUGAAAUGGGAAAAUCUUAUUUAUUUACUGGUCUUACCUCUGUUUUAAACAAUCUUGGUCUCAGUCCAGAUAAACUAUCACAAUCUAGUCGCUCAAGUUCAGCCAUGUCUGAAUCAGUACGACUAAACUCUGGAAUUUAUGUAGUUAAUAAAUUUAUGAGAGAAGCUGAUGAAGAAUCCCCAUCUGUUUGUCUCAGCAGAUGGAGAUCAGCAUCACCUGUCUUCAGACAAAACAGCCGUUCUCCACAUUCAAGUCCAUCAAGAUCUAGUGAUCGGGGCUCAUACAGUCCAAAGAGUCAAAGAUCAUCUGUUACUGUUAAAGACUCUACUGGAAAAUUCAAAACUCCAGGAGCAAUUAGAACUCCUGAUAGCACAGAUUCUGCUACUUCUGGUAGAGUGUCUGAAAUGAGUGACGAAACUCAAAGCAGCCCCUCUAGUAAAGGCACACAAAGCAAAGAAGAUUGGCAAUCAUUCUCUCAACCCCAAAAUGGACAAACUUCCAACUCUCAGGAAACAUGCUUAAAUGGUGAAAGCUCUCCAAUCAAAGACACCAAACUCAAACUUAACACGGAAAAUUGCUCAGAACAGGCUGGAAGCUCUAAAGCUCCGUAUAUGAAUGGAGACAAAGGUGUAAAUAGCAGGUCUAGCACACCACCCAGCUUAAGUCUUAAUCUUCAAGAUCUUUCAAAACAUGGUAGCAAUGAGAAAAGAGUGUCUUUCAAAAGUAAAAUUUCAACCAGUUCAGAUGGUAGUGUAACUUCUCCUCAGUAUGUGAAUGAAGGUGUUACAAAUGGUGUACAUCCUAAUUCUGAUUCAGUUUUUUCACCUCAGUAUGCCUGCCCUGAUAGCUUAUAUGAUGAUUACAAAUACUCGAGUAUGUCUUUUUAUGGUUACAAUACAAUGAUGAUUCCAAAUUUAGAUAUAUCUCUCCUUUUUGGAACUGAUGCUGAUUUUACAAAUAUAAAGGAAAGUCUUGCCAAAAAAAUUUCAUCAGGGAAAAAUAUGUUGAUGAAAAAUCUUAAGGGGUUGGAACAAAGGAUGAGUCAGGACUCCUCGGAAUUAUUAGAUGUUAAACCAAAGACCUCCUCUUCUAAUGCUCAAGCUACAUCUCCUGGAUCAUACUCUGAGAUGGACACAGAAAAGAGCUCAUCUGAAUUUCAGUCAGCCGAUAAAAACUUUUGGUCCUUUUUACCACCUGUAGAUAUCUCCCAACUGCUAGAAGCUUCUAAAAGUACCUGGUUGCUGACUAGAGAUUUAAAUGUCCUUUGUGAUGUCAGCCGUUUGAAUGAGGUGCUAGAAGUUUGGGUCAAUGUACUUCAUUCAUCUCAAAUUGCAGUUAUUAAAGCUGUUAUUACAUUCAUUCAAAAUUAUCAUAACCCUAGUGGUCAUUCCUAUCGAGAAGAUGAUACUCUCAGAAGUACAUGUAGCCAAAUUACUAGUCAAGAUUCAUCACCUAGUGAGAACUGUGAGAUAAGUGAUCGUUUGGAACAAGAAGAUCCUUCUGUUUCUGAUUCUAAAUCAUAUGAGGAUGAUAAACAUGUAGAAUCCACUCAUUCCGGCAACAUAGAAAUUUCUGAUUCGAGUACAUUAAGAACUGAAAGUGUUCUUGUUAAAUUAGUGAACUUAGAAGACUUUGUGUUUGUUUAUGAUCCAUUCCAUUUGACUGUUGAAGAUCGCCAUAUGAUAUCAGAGCUGGCUAUAAUGUGCUUUCAAAUGAAAAUUUGGGGUAAAAUCCAAGAAGUAAUUGAUGUGUGUUCAGCUAUUUUAAAGGUUAAGGAUAGAAUUGAGGAAGCUCUGAAGAAUGAUAAGAAGGAACACGAAACUCGUGUUAGCCAAGAAUUUUCUGACGGUCAUCGCUCAUCUAGUCAUUUAAGACAAUCUGAAAGUGCUCAUUCCUUACAAAAAUCACCUUUGUUCCCAAAUAGUGAAAUGCCAAUCACAAAGAAAUCCUUGUCUAACCAAUUUAGUGAUCCGGGAAAGAGUCUUACAAAUGGUGAUAUUACAGUCACUGACAAUGAUUGCUCCACGUCUAGUCAUAAUAGUUUGUGCCAUUUAGAUGAUAAUGACUCUCAGUCAGCUGCUUUUGUACAAAAUUAUUUUCAUUUAUUUGAUGUCCAAAAACUUAGAGAAUUUUUAAAUGUCUUCAAUCUUCCUUGCAUCAAAACAUGGAGUGUUAUGCUUUCUGGUGUAUCUUUACUGAAUGGACCAGAUGAUUUCACAAAAAAACUAGCCACAGAACAGAUUGAUGCAGCUGCCAGUUGCCUUGAACGAAGUUAUUUAGGUCCUGUUUUGAUCUCCCACCUCCUAAAGAUUUUUAAAGUAAACAGUACCAGAGCUGUUGAAUUAUGUUUACAAAGAAGCUACCAUAUUACUCCUCUGGAUGUUCUAUAUUUAUCAAAGUCUUCUGGAAAUCACCCAAAACCAUUCUUUGAAUAUAUAUCACGAAUUUUAGACUGUCUUCCUGCAGUACAAAGGCCGAAAAUUUUGGAAAAAUUACUACAUUUGAAGGAAGUAUGCUUAGAAUGGAUUGAUGGAGCUCUUCAAAUUGAUGUGAAAACUUCAGAAAGCUUGAAGUGCAGCUGUGGCUGGCCAAGACCUGGAUCACAUCUUCAUUCAUGGAAGUAUUCUGAACUACUUUUGCAUGUCCUUACUACUUCUAAAGAACUAGACAUUGACUUACUGCAAGAGAAAUGCUUUUCUGUUGGAUUUUGGUUAGGAUCUUUGUCAUUGGUUAAGAAAUUAAGCUUGAAAGAUACUCACAGAAAACUAGUCAUUCAAUUGGGUGAUGUUAGUCUUAUUGACAUCAAUAGCAGCACAGGUUACUUCCCGUCCAGUCCUGAAGAAUGGCAAGAGUUUUUUGCUCUUUUUGCACAAUCAUCUGUUAAAAACGAGUCUGUAAACUGUCUCAUGUGUGAUUUAGAAUACAGUAGUUCUACAGAAUUUUGUCAGAAUCCCUGUGAAGAUGAAAAAUGGAAGUGUACUUUGACAUGGGAAACAAUUUCUACCACUGCCUUAUCCAGUCUUGAUUCAAUCAAAGUAUUAGAAAUAUUGAGGGGCUUAAGUAUUCCUAAUGGAGCUUUAACACCAGCCUUCUACCAGUCUGUCAUGAAGUCUUUCGUUAUUAAUAAAAAACAGAGUGCCUUAAAGCAAACUACGUUAGCGACUGUUGGAAGCUAUCUCUGGUCUAGAAAGCUAAAAAGUUUAUCACCUGAAUUACGGCAAGUGUUUCUGAAGGAGAAAGAGAAACCGAGUGCUUCUACUAAUCCUAAAACAAAGGUGAAAGAUUUCAGAAGGGCUACUCAUUCUUAUUUAGAAGAACCAGAAAGUCAUUGGGGCAUUAAAAUAUCCUUAAAGACUGUCUGUAAAGCUUGUAAAAUGCCACUGACUUCACAUUUAUCUUCUUCUCAAGGGGGAGUCACAGUUUAUAGAUGCGGACAUUCCUAUCAUACGGCUUGCUCAAGUGAAGGAUUCUGUAUAGCAUGCCUUAAACCUGGUGAUGAAGAUGGAUGAUUUAUUUUCGAUGUGCCAAAUACUAUUCUAUCCCCAUCUAGCAGGUUUUAAUAUAUAAAUUAAGAUAGUCUUCAUUUAAAUGCUAUCUAUUCUUCAUUGAUUACUGUCACAAUUUCUUUGCUCAGGUUUAAUAUAAAUAUGAAAUCUAUUUAACACUUGAUUGUGUAAUUGAAAUGUCAUAUAUUUUGAAAUUUUCUCUCCAAGUCUUCUUUUCUAAGUUAUCCAUCGAUAAACUUACAACGAAUUUCAAUGUAACAUUUCUUAACAUCUUUUGUUUCAAACAUUUUUUUAAUUAUUUUAAAUAAUGUCAUUUCCUUGUCCAAUCUGUUUUCUUUGAAAAUGGGAUAGGUGUCUCAAGUCUACAGAAUUUAUAUUAUCUCUUCGCUUUUCCCCUCUCUAUUAGCAUGGUUUUGGAAAAUUUUACUUUCUCCUUACGACAGUACAUUUUAAGAAGAAGUUGGAAUUUACUAACGUUGAGAAAAGGCGAAAUUCGCUGAAGCCAAAGUAACAGAGGUGUUAAAAUGUAGAAAGCCAGGGCAUCGUGUAUCCUUGAGACACCUAUUUUAUUUACAAAAAGUAUAAUAAUUUUCAUUUAUGCUCAAAUAUUUUCGGUUUUGAAAAAUACAUAGUUAUCAUACCAUGACGUAAGUGUUCAGAUUAUGCAGCUAUUUUGAACUUUCCACAAAUGGAGGCAUAUGGACUAAUGUGUAGUCUUUUUCUUUUCUCUUCAUUGCCGAAAUUUACUUAUGAUUGUUUAUUGUAAAACAUAUGUUUGUUUUUGAAU